CUAAUAUGCAGAAACGAAAUCCGCAAUAUAUAUACAACAAUUUAAGAUUGUGUAAUAGGCAUUUUGAGUUAUGCUACCAUACACCCAGUAAAAGACUUACGAGGAAUGCUGUUCCAACUUUAAAUAUUGAUUUAUAUAAUAUGGAACAAGAAGUACCACCACUACCUAAAAGUAUUCCAGAAGACAUGUCUAUGGAAGUUUCUCAAAACAUUAAAGAUCCAAAGUUAAGUGGUAGCAUAACCACUAGUAAGCCUGUGGUACCACAAGACAAGACAACAAGACAAAUGCAAAGAAAUAUUUGCAAUCUAAAGUAUAGAUUAAAGAAGCUUAGCCAGAAAUAUACAACACAAACAAAAAAAAUUAAAUGUGCAAGGAAUCUAUCUCUUUCACAGUCACAAACAAAUGUGGGUGCAAUAAAGAGCCUGAAGGACGACACAAUGAAAAAAUAUUUAAGACAGGCUGUGGAAUAUAAGUCUCAUGGUUUUGAGGUUGAUGAGCAUAAGAUAUUUCCUUUAUAUGACACGCCACAUCUUUUGAAAGGUGUAAGACCACAUAAAAAUGUUAUUUGA